UGAAGCAGAAAGCCCAAGUUCACUAGCUCGGCACUUCGCAGGCGGCAGGAGGGACCUCGGGGCUCCGCUCUGAACUUUGACUCCCGUCGGUCCCGGCCUCUCCCGGGGGCUCCCCUUGGCUCGCAGCUGCCCUCCUCCCCUCCCCCGGCCCCCUCUCGCUCGGCCUCGCAGGAUGCAGAUCUCACCCUUGCUGGCUGGUGGACUUUUACUCGCUCUGCUCUCCGUCAGGCUGGAGGCGAAGCCGGCGUCUCAGCUCCCACAGAAGGCCUCCCGCGGCUCGGCGGCGGCGGCAGCGGGUCCGGCCGAGGCGGCGGCGGCGGAGCGGGACAAGGAGCGGGACAAGGAGCGCGGUGGCGGCGGCGGCUCGGGCCCACGGGAGGCGCGGGAGGCGCGGGGCGAGGCUCGGCCGCGGGCGGGCUGGGCGCGGCUGCUGCAGGACCCGCCGGGCCGCCGGCACAAGGGCCUGCACAAGAAGGGCCUGGGCAAGGGCUGUUUCGGCCUCAAGCUGGACCGCAUCGGCGCCAUGAGCGGCCUCGGCUGCUGAGGGACCCCUGGCGGGCUUUGAAUUCGUAAGUCCAUUUUCUCCUAUCGUGGCCAGGCACAACCAUCCCCCAGGCAGCACCUAGAAGAGCAGAGACCCCCCCGGAAUGGACAAAAGAUGUGUCUGUGUUUUUCUUUUUGGUACGAGGAGUCAUGGCACCAGCUGUUUUGGUUUUGUUAUUUUUUUAAAAAGUGCUCUCUAUCUUAUAUAUAUUAUAUAUACAAACACUCACCAAGACAAGGGACAGCGCUUUUCCAAGAGACUGAUGAAGCCAGCUGUAUAACGUUGCUGUUUGUAAAUUCAUGUCAUGCAUAAAUGUAUUUAUGUUGUAAAGCUAUUUAUAUAUUGUUUAUAAAGAGAUAUUUAUAAGAAAUUAUUUAUGUAACUAAAUGAAAAGUCAAGCAUUGUAACAUUUUUUUGUCCUAAAAGUAGUUGAAAAACUUAAAAAAAAAAAUCAUUCCAUGAGGCAUUUUGUAACCUGUCUUUAUUUAUCAAAUUCACGUACAAUUUAAAUGUCAGAUUGAUUGAUUUCAACUGAGUUAAAAAAGAAAUUGUUCAGAUGUUUUAGGUAAGUCAGGAGUGAGAGGAAGGCCAGCUGAUAUUUUAAGCUUUGAUUCCAUAUGCAAAAGUAAACUUGCGCCCAAUCCUGUGAUGCUCUGAUGGACCGAAUCCUGCCUGGCGCUGCACAGCCAUCAGCCUCUGAAAACCCAGCCAAGCUCCCUGCAAGAGCACAUGGCCUCAGGCAGCUCAUCUGUGCCCACAUCCUGAAUGGCACCCCUGGAAAUAAGCCCACCAUGUUCAACAGCCUGGAACCGGAUUUUCAGCAGUGUGACAAGAGCAGCGUUUGGCCUAGACAUGUUUUAACCACUUCCAGUCUGCAGGUUUGGGUCCAAAUUUCAUCUUGUAACCAUCGCUUUAUGACUGGGCACCGCAUGGAGAUGCAGCCCCUGCUGACAACAACAGAGACCAUGUUGGAUCUGGCCCCCAGUUGUGCUAGUGGGAAUAGAGCUUUAUGCCCAAGGCACUGUUAUUCUAGAAUCCAGCAGCUCGCUAAGUAUCUUGUUGAUAUUCCCACUCACCAAACCUUCAUAAAGUCCCUUCUGCCCACACAAAUUUAUUUAACUGUGCCUGGGACAAUACAUAGACCAAAAUACACUGAGGACUGCCUGGUAAGGAUUCACGGACCCAGCUGUUGCUACAGCUUCUUGCUACGUAAAGUGCAUGAAAUAAAUUGUAAAAAUUACUCAGAGCUCUAAAGGAAACAGCAAGCGAGGGGGUUGGGAGCACAGCAAAAGCACAAACUCCUGCAUGAAGGCUCUUUGGUCUCAUUCUUCAAAGAGGCCAUAGA